AUGCCUGAAAAUCGUGGCCCACAGGUGCUAGGGGUUGUUAUUUCAUUUUAUAUCUUGAGUGUAAUAACAAUCAGCCUUCGGUUUUAUACUCAUGGCGUCAUCCUCAAGCAUUUUUUUGCCGAGGAUUAUAUCUGCCUAGCUACAUUGGUAAGAGUGCUUUAUACUGCUUAUACGGUCGCCGGUAUUCUCAUAGUCAGAUGGGGACUUGGCCAGCACAAUGUGGAUGUCCCCCCAGAGUGGGGACCGGUAGCGAUAAUGUAUCGAUGGAUAAUUUCUUGGCUCUACAUUAUUAUAUCGCUGCUCACAAAAUGGAUUGUCGGCUUAUUUCUCUUGCGUAUCUGUCCGCGCAAGCGCUGGCGACAAAUUACGAUUUGGUCCCUCCUAAGUCUCGUUACCGUUUUCAGCACGAUAUAUUUCUUUAUCGACAUCUGGAGCUGUCAGCCAAUAGACUACUUAUGGAAGAGUUAUUCUAAGAAUCCACCUAAGGAUGGGACUUGCAAUUCGGCAGACUAUGUGUCGAUUUUCACAUAUAUUUCCGCUUUUCUGAAUAUCAUCGCAGAUUUCGUUUUACCGAUUUUACCUGCGACUCUAGUUUGGAAAGCCCAAAUCGCGCGCCGUGAGAAAGUAUCAAUCAUUGUCCUACUCUGUUUAGGUUCUAUAGCCUCUAUCGCCACUAUUGUUCGAAUUCCUUACGCCAAAGGCAUGAUAGAAAACCCAGAUUAUCUCUGGACAACCACAAACCUAGGCAUUUGGAGUACGCUGGAGAUCGGCACUGCUCUAACUGCCUCAUCGCUUGCAACUCUCAAGCCGCUGAUGAAGCGAAUACGCUUCUUUAGUAACUUUUCCGACCUAAGUGGUUUAGGAUCAGCAGAUCCAGCUCUUCCCGGAGAUUUGGCGGCGUCAAGGCAGGUUUCUUCACGUGUUGGAACUUCUGGCCACAGCAAUAAUCAAGCAGUGGUUUCUGGUGAUGUAAGAGAGGAAGAGCAAUGGAGAGACAGAUGGGACCAGAAAGACUCAAUGGAUGUGGAAUUAACUGCUAUGACUAGACAAGCAUCUAGCGCCCAUCAGAGUCAGGAUACUGAUGUCGAAUUGGGCAAUGUGGGUGCUUGUGAAAUUAACAAGACAUCCUGGCUUAGAGGUUAA